AUGAGCCGCUUGGCCUUCAACACGCCUCUGUGGACGGUAGCCGACGUGCUACAAUACCUCAAAAGUCAUUGGGAGGAACACAUGGGUGAUGACCUUCUUAGUGGUGGUUCUCCCACUGAGGCUAUGGGGUGCUUACAGACGCACUGCCUAGGUCUGGGUUCUCUCCCUGUGCGAGCCUUGCUGCCGGAGCAUCACCGUAUUCAGUUUUCCAUCCGCGGGUGGCGUUUUGAAAUGCCACAAAGGAUUGCUCUUAGCCAUUUUCUUGUCUUCUUUCUAUUCUUCUGGCUUCCCUUGCAAAAGGAGGGAGUGCCGGACGCUGACGGGCAGCCCGGCGGUACGGGCAAUGCAGGGGGCACUUCAUUCUCACUGGGGGAGGGGGUAGCGAGCAUGGGUGGCUCGGUCGUGCAGCUCGUGGGCUCAGACGGGGGUGGCCCAUCGCCUCCCCAAUCGUUGAGCGCAGAGCAGCUCACGAGAGUGCUGACGCGGCACUAUCAAGAGGUGGUCUGGCCAUGCCUAGUGAAAAUCAUGACACUGCUUUGCCGUAACGGCUGGGGGGGGGAUGUCAGGGAUCUGAAGGACAGCCACGGCAGCACCGUGCCAAAGUCCACCCCGGAAAACGUGGAGCCGCUAUUGCCGAUUCCGAUGGCCGAGGUCGUAUCAUGGGAUGGUGCCACGCGGCAGUGGCGUUUUGGAUUUCUGAACCGGUUGCCCGACGACGUCGAAAAGACUGAGCGGGAGCGGCUGAACCUGUACAGAGGGUGCAAGGGCAGCUCUUAUGUGGGCGACGGUAGUGACAAGGCUGGUGCUGGUGACGCGUUGGCGGGCGUGAGCCCGAACGAGAAUCCUUUGUUGCUACUCCAGCCCCACUAUGUGGGUUCUAUUCUAGUGUAUGUUCGGCGGCUGAGCGAAGCCUUGGUGAGGCCUGCCAGUGACGAGGCAAGCGGGUGGCCUGUGCUGGCCAUCCGAUGGGCCGAGUUAAAUUACGAUCAGCAGCUGUGCGUGUCGCAGGUGGUGCGAGCGCUUGGGGUGGUACCCCUCAUCAUGACACACAGCGCACCCAUCGCACCGAUCACGACGUCCCAAUACAUGUUGGGAAACGCGAGGGCAUCCUUUGGCAGUGGGGGCGAGUGCGGCGCCGGCCCACCGCGUGAACAGGGCUCGGUAUCUCGUCCGGCAACAGGUAGUGAGACUUUCGUGGGAUGUGGGGAGGAUUGGAUACGCCAAGGGUGCGUUAAGUGCGGUAUUUCUGGGCAUUCUACAGUCGAAUGCCCUUACUAA